AUGUUGGAAGAUGUUGAAAUUACAAAUACAAUUUCAGAAACGGAUGAAGAUGUGACUAUAUUUUGUUUUUGUGAUAAUUCUGAGCUUAAUGGUUCGAUUAAUUUCAAAAAAUGGGUAAUAGAGGGGAUUGAAAAAUACUUAUUGAGUGAGAGUCAUACAAAUGCAGUGAGUACAAUUUUAAUUGAACUUUUGAAAGAUAUUAAAUCCUUUCAAAAAAUCUGUAUUAAUUUAAAAAAUCAUAUUUGUGAUAAUUGUUUAAGAAGACUUUCAGGCGCACAAAAGUUGGAAGAGUCUGAAGUGGAAGGCUUGAUUUACUUUAUAGGAAUGAUAUUUACUAAGACUCAGCUUCAAAUUUCCAGUAUUAAAUUGGUAAAACUAAAUAAGGUUAACUCAUUUUUACUGGAAAUGGUCCAGAAUUGUAUUCGUUGCAAGAUAGCCAAGAUUGAAUCAAUUAACAAUGAGGAUUUUGUAAAACAUUCGAAUAUAGUUACUGAACUAAUUAUACAAGUUUUAUCGUUCGGAAUUAUACAAAUUUCUCUUAAGAAUUAUGAUGAUGCUUAUGUUGCAUUAAAUUAUAUCGCAAAGAAUUAUCCAGAUAUCGAUAGAUUGUUAGAUUGUCUCAAAGAAGCCAUUUUACUAUUAUUCAAAGCAAAUGAGCCAGAGUCUCUAACAAAUAAAUCCCAUCAGUACUUUGCAAAACUUUAUUUAUUUUAUCCGCAUAUUAUACAUUGUAUGGUUAGGUCAAUAUUAUCCUUGAAUGGAAUAGAUCUGAACCAAUCACCUUUAUCAAGCAUUAUAAUUGGAGCUCCCAAAAAUUUAGAAGUUUAUUCCAGGUGCAAAAAUUUGCUACAAGAAUGUUUUGAAUUGAACAAAAACUUUAUUAAUUAUGAAAUUGGAUAUACAUUAUCCAGACUUUACUUUGAAAUAGAUGUGAAUGCUGAUCCAAGCAUUAAUAUCAUGGAAAAAUUACUGGAAAAAAAUCCAUUUAAUGAUGAUUUUAGAUUCUAUUUAGGGAAGUUGCUUUAUUGUAGAGCAAUUGAAGCCAGAAAAAACAAUUCUGAAUUGAGUUUGGUAAAGUCCAUUUUAAAAAAAGUAAUAUUAUAUAUUCCACAAUCUUCAGAAGUUUAUAGUGACUUGGGGGUGAUAUAUUACGAAUUAGGCAAGGAGGAAAAGGCAAUUUGGUGCUUUAAGCUUUCAAUCCACUUUAAUCCUAUGAAUGUGAAUGCUUAUGAUAGUUUUGGGGUGAUUCUUAGAAGGCUAGGAUUUAUUGAUCAGGCAAUCUUAUGCUACGAAAGGAUAAACCAAAUUAAUCCAAACUGCAUUAAUACAUUGAAUGUUAUUGCAGCUUUAUAUGGUAAUAUUGGUAAGAUUGAUGAAUCCUUUGAAUAUUUUAAAAAGUGCUUAGAAAUUGAUCAGGGUGUUCCUGAUGUAUAUAAUAAUCUUGGAGUACUUUAUAGAGACUGUGGAAACUUUUUGAUGGCUAAAAACUGUUUUUUAGUAGCUCUAAACCUAGAUCCUAACCACAACAUGGCUUUCCAGAAUUUAUUAUAUAUUCUGAAUUAUUUUAUACCAUUAAAAAAUCAAAAAAUCAUUGGAAAUGUAAGAAAAAAUUCCAUCGAAUUAAUAAUUAAUAACUUAAAGCAUUCUGACAAAAGUCUAUGCCUAGAUAUCAGCUCUACACCACAGUCAUAUGUUUGUGAACCUCCCAUUUGGAUAAAUAAUUCUGAUUAUUACGUUAAUUACCGAGAUAUGUAUGAUUUAUCAUUGGAAUGGGGAAACAAAUUCAUCGAAAUGCACAAGGAAAUCAAAGAUCGUCUUGAUAAGUUAAUUCCUAUUCCAAAGAUUCCAGAUAUAAAGUCAAUCUCAGAAACGGAAUUGAUUAAUAUAGGUUUUGUUGGUGCGGAAUAUUUUCAUCAUGCAGUGGCUUUCUUCAUUUUAGCUCCCAUAAAAUUUUUAAUUGAGAAUUUUUCAAAAGAUGCAAUCACAAAUUAUAGCACAACACAUGUCUCAAAAAUUAAAUUGAAUAUUUUCAUAUAUGACAAUUCUCCCCAUCAUGACUAUUAUUCAUGCUAUUUCAAGGAGCUAGUUUCUAGUGAAAAUUGGAGAAAUAUACAUGGGAAAGAUCUAGAGUGUACUUCAAAACUUAUUCGAGCUGACAAAAUCCAUAUUCUCUUUGACUUGAGUGGCCAUACUGUCAAUAAUUGUUUGUCUUUAUUUGCUCUAAAAAAUUCUCCAAUUCAAAUCUCUUGGGUAGGAUAUCCAAAUACUACUGGGCUAAGACACAUUGAUUAUCGUAUUACUGACAAGAUAGCUGAUCCUGUUAAUUCAAAACAAAGAUACUCUGAGAAAUUAAUUUACCUUCCAAAUUGCUUUCUAUGUUAUACAUUACCAAAGAUUCAGCACCCACCAAUAUCUGAACUUCCUUUCAAAAAAAAUGGAUUUAUCACUUUUGGUUCGUUCAACAGAGUUACUAAAUUACAUCCCUUAACAAUAGAUCUAUGGGGAGAAGUCCUGAAAAACAUCCCUAAGAGCCACUUGCUACUGAAAUCCAAGGCAUUUAGCUCACAAUCUUGUUGUAAUUUUUAUCUUGAAAUUUUCAAAUCAAAAUACAAUGUAGAGCCUCAUAGAAUUUCUUUAAUCCCUUUAAACAGCUCCUACUACACACAUCUCGAGCUUUACAAUGAUGUUGAUAUUUCUUUAGAUACCUUUCCAUAUACUGGAACAACAACAACAUUUGAAUGUAUUUUUAUGGGAGUCCCAAUAAUUACUUUAAGUAUUGAUCAAUCCGAAAAUUCCCAAGUAGAUUCUUCAGAUAUAUAUACGGAAAUUUCUUCGUUCCAUUCUCAAAAUGUUGGAAAGUCUAUUCUAACCCAUUUGAACCUAAAGGAACUCAUUGUAAGUAAUAAAAACGACUUUAUUAGAGUUGCUUCAAACCUUGCAAAUGAUACUGAAAAAUUGAUUUAUUAUCGCUCAAACCUUCGUAAAAUACUUAGUGAAUCCAAACUUUGCGAUGGAGAAAAGUUUUCUCACGACUUUUUUGAAUUAAUUUUGCAUACUAUUGCAUGCCACGAUAAAAAUCUAUCUGCAUGA